AUGGUUCAAGGACUACCACUUAUGGAGGAUGAACACACAGCUUGCAACACAUGUAAAUUAGGAAAGCAAAGUAGGAUGCCUUUUUCCAAGGCAUCCUGGAGAAUUUAUUUUCUCAAGUUCAAACCUGAAGUACCUGAAGUGUCCUCGAAAUUCAAAGCUUUGGUAGAAAAUCAAAGUGGUUGCAGGAUUCAAAUGCUUAGAUCAGGUGAUGGAAUUAAGCAUCAAAUCACUUUUCCACAUACUCCACAGCAAAAUGGUGUCAAUGAAUGGAGGAACACAUCGAUAAUGGAGAUGUUGAGAGGCUUAUUAUAUGAGAAGUUUCCUACAAAAGUCGUGAAGGAAAAGACACCUUUUGAGGCAUGGAACAGUACAAUCCCCAAAGCUUACACAAUUUUUCAGUCUCAAACAAAAAACAUUAUGUCGCUCUCUAACAUAUACCAGAGAUGCAAUAUGGCCAUUUUAGAGUCUUCUAGAUUUGAAGAAGCAGUUUCCUAUCCCAACUGGAAAUCUGCAAUGGAGGAGGAGCUUGCAGUGAUUGAGAAUAGCGAGACAUGGCAUCUUGUCGAAAAAUCACAACAUAGGAAGAUCAUUUGUGUGAAGUGGGUUUAUUGCAUGAAAUUGAAUGUUGAUGGAUCUAUUAACAAGCUCAAGGCAAGACUUGUUUUGAAAGGUUAA